AUGUUAGACAAGAAAUUGAAAAGCGACUCAACUCAUCUUGCCAUUAAAUUAACCUGUUACAUUCUUUUGGAAUGUGUUCGUGGUAGUUCAUACAUCUGUCUCGAUUGGCGUGAAGUAUGUGAUGGUCGCGUCGAUUGUCUUAAUGGUGGUGUUGAUGAGUUGCAAUGUUUUGAUUUAGAAAUAAAUGAAUGCGAUGAAAACGAAUAUCGAUGUCACAAUGGAUUGUGUAUUCCAGAGUAUUUUUGGACAUAUGAAUCUGCUAUCGCAGUAUGCGCCGAUCUAUCGGAUACGUCGAUAGUGCCUCGAUGUCCACUCUCAUAUAUAGGAUUUGAUAUAUUCGAAUGUGAGGAGUAUUCAUGUCAACCAGGUCAAAAAAUGUUCUCAUGUGGAGAUGGGCAAUGUGCAGAAGAUUUUGGUGAAUGUUACAGCGGGCGACAUAUCUUGCUGACUGAUUCGAUGAGUGCUCAAGGGAAUUUAUCGUUUGAUUGCUGGAGGAGCAUGGUUUGUCUUAGCAAAGUCAAUGAUCAGAUCAAUGGAACAUCAUGUGAACAAUUGUUCAAUUCGUCUCAGAUUAUCACUCAUCUAGAAAGUUGUGAAACUCUCGUUCAGUUUCCAACUAUUCCUGUGCUUUACGGUCAUGUAUAUUUUUUAUACCGCCCGAGGAAUAUUUUCAAUGUAAGCAUUACAUUGGCCCGUACACCAGAUUAUGUUUGUUAUGAUGAACGAUUGUGCGAUUUCCUCACGCCGUCAUUUCGCAAUGGAACCUAUACUUGCCGACAUGGUCAUGAAAUGGGUUUCGAAUUUAAUGUGGAAUAUCAAGAUUGGAAAUCGAUUAUUGAUUCUGUCAAGCCUUAUUUUCGUGGUUGUAUGGCUAUAUCUCGUAACAGAAAUUAUUCUCAACAUUUAUCAUUAUAUUCAUGCAAGAAUUCAUCUAAGCUUAUUUCAAAACAUCGAAUUGUUGAUGGUAUUUCGGAUUGUUACUUGAACGAUGACGAACAAGAAUUCGAACUCAGUUGUUCACUAAAUGAUACGUUUCGUUUUAAAUGCUCUGACGAGAACCAAUGUCUAUCGCCAUUGUUUCCACGUACGAGAUGUACACCAUCAAAAACGCAUCACAAUCUAAAUGAAAUAUUAUUUCAUACAAUAUGUGAUCGGACUGUUGAUGUAUCACUUAUGACCAUCGACGGACAAAAUCAUACUGAUGAGACUGAUUGUGAAAACUGGCAAUGCAACAAUAUCUAUACACGAUGCGAUGGCGUUUGGAAUUGUCUUGAUGGAGAAGAUGAAGUGAACUGUACACGACCGAUCUGUCCUCCACACUCUUUUGCUUGCAUUUCUCCACUCAAUUAUACAUUGAUUUGUUUGCCAGCAAGUCAAAUUUAUAAUGAAAUCAUUGACUGUCUUGGAGCCUCAGAUGAAUCUCAGUACUGUCGAACUGUAGACUUCAAUAUUGGAAUUUCUUACGGUUUUUAUUGCUUAAAUAGAUGUCUAAGUCAUUCUGCUUUGUGCAACUCAUAUCAGGAUUGUCCACUGAAUGAUGACGAGAAAUUUUGUGAAAAUCAUCAAGGAUUGUGUGAAAACACUGCAGCCUGUAAUCGUACUCUCAUUCAGGAUGUACUUUGUCAGAUUGGUCUUCUAGAUAGGGUGCCAUUUACAUUGGAAACGAUACCAACCUAUCCGCAAGUUGAAAAAAGGAUAAUACAUCACUUCAGGGAUUAUAGAGUAGAAUCACGUACUAUUGCGAACGACAUCAAAUCGCAACUUGAUGUUUCUCGAAGGUCACAACGUUGCAAUCAUGGCGUUGAUCUUUAUAUAUGGCUCGGAGGCACUGAUUACGGCAAGAUAUGUUUUUGUCCAGCGAAUUAUUACGGUGAUAUGUGUCAAUAUCAAAAUCAACGUGUCAGUCUUACAUUGACACUCAUAGCAACCAAUCCAGAUGAUAAUUUACGUGCAUCGAUCAAAUUGUAG